AUGCCUUUAUCGUGUCGCAACUGCUUUUCGUUGAUAUACUUAAUACUUCUGAUACUGGAUUAUUGUUGUAAUGAAGCGUCUGGGCAGCUCUCUUACUCAGUCUCAGAGGAGGUAAACUCGGGAACAGUUGUUGGAAAUAUCGCCAAGGAUUUACAUUUAAACAUACCAGAUUUGGAGACCCGUAUGUUCAGGAUUGUUGGAGGAUCUAAAAGAAAAUAUUUCGAGGUAAAUACGAAGACUGGAGUCCUCUACGUGAAUGAGAGAAUAGACAGAGAGAAGCUCUGCGGGAAAGCUGUGAGAUGUGCCGUAACUGUCGAGGCUGUGAUAAACGAACCUUUAAUGCUGUACCGUAUAGAGAUUAAUAUUCUUGAUGUCAAUGACAAUUUUCCGCAUUUCAUUACAAAAUCACAGAAUAUAGACAUUCCCGAAAGCACAUUACCCGGGAUAAAAUUCCCCCUACUGCAGGCCUACGAUGCAGAUGUUGGAAAGAACGGCAUCAACACAUACAGGCUGAGCUCGAAUGAACAUUUUUCAUUAGCAAUAAGCAAAUCAGGAGAGAGUAUUUCGACUGAGUUAAUGUUACAGAAAGUCUUAGACAGAGAAAAGGAACCUCUGAUUAAGCUCACGUUAACAGCCUUAGAUGAUGGAAGUCCACCGAAGUCUGGAACAUCAGAUAUUAUGAUUAAUGUUUUAGACAUUAAUGAUAACACACCAGUGUUUGCAAAGUCGCUGUAUAAAGUGCGUGUGUUUGAAAACGUACCGAUAGGCACUACAGUCCUGACUUUAAAUGCUACAGAUGCAGAUGAAGGAACAAAUAAAGAAAUCAUAUAUACACUUAGCACAAAGGAGCAGGACCACGUGCUGCAGAUUUUUAAAAUCGAUCCGAACACAGGCACGCUGACGGUGGAAGGAAAUGUGGAUUUUGAAGAACACCCCGUGUUUGAGAUUCGUGCACAGGCCAGUGAUAAAGGCCAACCUCCGAUGUCCGCUCAUUGUAAGGUGCUGGUUGAAGUGUUGGACCUAAACGACAAUGCGCCUGAGAUUUUUGUGACGUCAUUACUGAAUACUGUGAAGGAGGAUGCCAAAGCAGGCACCGCUGUUGCACUUGUUUCGGUGAUAGACAAAGAUGGCGGUAAGAACGGCGAAGUGCAUUGUACGGUAGAUGAAGAUGCUCCCUUUAAAUUGGAAACAAACUAUAAAAAUUAUUACUCAUUGAUAGUGAUUGCCCCCCUAGACCGAGAGACGAUCUCUGGCUACGACGUCACCAUAAUAGCAAGCGAUGGCGGUAGUCCCCCGCUCUCUAGCACCAGUAUUAUCCCUAUUCAAGUUUCUGAUGUUAAUGAUAACGCGCCUCAGUUCUCAUCAUCGAUACUUAACAUUUAUGUUAAAGAAAACAGCCAGGUGGGGACAAUUCUAAAAACAGUAACCGCCUUUGAUGCAGAUAUGAACAAAAAUGGUGAAGUGACUUACAGUUUUUUGCAAAGCAAAAUUAAUUCUGUCGCACUGUCUACAUUAUUAAACAUCAACUCAGAGACUGGAGAUAUAAUCAGCCUGCAGUCUUUUAACUAUGAGGAGUUAAAAACGUUCCAGUUUAAAGUUCAGGCCACAGACUCUGGUGUUCCUCCACUCAGCAGCAACGUGACUGUCAACGUUUUAAUCCUGGAUGAAAAUGACAACAGUCCCACGAUUCUCGCGCCAUAUUCUGAGCACGGCUCCGUUAACAGUGAGAGCAUCCCCUAUUCUGCUGAAGCGGGAUACUUUGUGGCAAAGAUCAGGGCUGUAGACGCAGACUCUGGAUACAAUGCGCUGCUUUCUUAUCACCUGUCUGAGCCCAAAGGAAACAACUUGUUCAGGAUCGGAACCAGCACCGGGGAGAUCAGGACUAAGAGGAGAAUGAGUGACAAUGACCUCAAAACUCACCCCUUGGUGGUCUUGGUCUCUGAUAACGGAGAACCCUCCCUGUCAGCUACUGUGUCUAUUGAUGUGGUGGUGGUUGAAAGCACGGCUGAAAUCCAGACUCAGUACAGACAUGUGCCUGUAAAGGAGGACAGCUUCUCGGAUUUGAACCUGUAUCUGCUGAUUGCCAUUGUGUCGGUGUCCGUCAUCUUUCUGCUCAGCCUCAUCACUUUAAUAGCAGUCAAAUGCCAUAGGACAGACGGUACUUUCAGCAGGUACAGCGCCCCCAUGAUCACCACCCACCCUGACGGGAGCUGGUCUUACUCUAAAGCUACUCAGCAGUAUGACGUGUGUUUCAGCUCAGACACGCUCAAGAGUGACGUAGUGGUUUUCCCCGCCCCAUUUCCACCUGUAGAUGCAGAACUGAUCAGUAUUAACGGAGAAGACACUUUUACCAGGACUCAGACUUUGCCUAACAAAGAAAAGGUAAGAAUAUGGAUGAAUUAAGUAUUUCUAAUU